AUACUGGGGCCUUCUUGCCUUUUUCUUUUGUCUUCACAGAAACCAUUAUUGAGGAGCACAUGGGGCUGUUGUUAAAGUAGUAAUUAUUGAGCAGUGGAGCCGUUGUUCACAUUUAUCUGUUUAUUUCUAAGUGGACUCUUGACUUUACAUAACUAGCCAAGUCUUCCUUCUUCACAACCACUUUAAUCUUCCUCCAAUAUUUUAAACUACUAUCUAUCAGCUAAGCUUGCGACGUUUUCUUUCAUCCAACAAGAACAAAUGGCCGAUGCAAUCCUCUAUGGCGUUGUGCAGACGAUCAUUGAAAGCUUGGGCUCUUCCACUCUCAAUCAGAUUGGAUCGAUCUGGGGUGUCAACGAUGAGCUCGAAAAAAGGAAAAACACUAUUUCCACCAUUCAAGCUGUUCUUGAGGAUGCAGAGGAGCAGCAGGUCAAGAACCGCCAACUCAAGAACUGGCUCAUGAAGCUCAGAGAUGCAGCUUUUGAUGCGGAUGACUUGUUGAGCGAGUUCACCACUCAUGUGUUGCAGCAAGAGGUGAAGGAAGGUCAUGAAUAUGUAAAGAAGGUACGCACUUUCUUUUCUAGUUCAAACCAACUUGUUUUUGGUAAUGAGAUGGCUCGCAAACUAAGUGCUAUGAGGGAGAGGUUUAAUGAUAUAGCGAGUGAUAGGAACAAUUUCCAAUUGAUAGAGCGUCCUUUAGAGACACGGGCUGUGAGUAGGGAGAGGGAAACUCACUCGUUUGUACGUGACAAAGAAGUUAUCGGGAGAGAGGAGGAUAAGAAGGCCAUCAUAGGUCUAUUGCAAGACUCUGAUGUGAAAGAAAAUGUUUCGUUCAUAUCCAUAGUAGGAAUUGGUGGGCUAGGGAAGACCACCCUUGCUCAAUAUGUAUACAAUGAUAAGAUAGUCAAGGCUCAUUUUGAAUUGAAAAUCUGGGUGUGUGUUUCUGAUGUAUUUGACGUGAAAACAAUUGUUGAAAAUAUAAUUAUAUCCGCAACUAGAAAAAAACCUGAAAGCCUUAUAAUGGAACAUUUGCAAAUUGAACUUUGCGAAAUUCUUAAUCAAAAGAUGUAUUUACUUGUGUUGGAUGAUGUGUGGAAUGAGAAUGAAGAAACAUGGGGUAAAUUGAGAACUCUUUUGUUGGAUGGUAAAAGGGGAAGUAAGGUGGUGAUAACUACACGGACUAAAUUGGUUGCAGAUAUUACCAGCCCAAUCUCACAAUAUUUUCUAAAGGGCCUGUCAGAGGAUCAGUCUUGGUCAUUAUUGAAGCAAAUGGCAUUUGAAGAAGGGCAAGAGACCAUCAGCACUAACUUUAAAGCAAUUGGUAUGGAUAUAGUAAAAAAAUGUAAGGGAGUGCCUCUUGCUAUAAAGAUAAUAGGACGGGUCUUAAAUCACAAAAAAACAGAAGCUGAAUGGUCAUACAUCAAGAAUAUUGAAUUGUCAAAGGUACCUAAGUUGAAAGAUGGUAUUAUGCCGGUUUUAAAAUUGAGUUACGAUCAUCUCCCACCACAUUUGAAAUGUUGUUUCGCAUAUUGUUCAUUGUUUCCCAAAGAUUAUUUGAUUGAUAAGUUGAAAUUGAUACAAGUAUGGAUAGCACAAGGAUUUAUCCAAUCACCAUAUGAGAACUUGCUACUAGUGGAUGUUGCCGAUGAUUACUUCAAGGAGCUACUUUGGAGAUCCUUCUUCCAAGAAGCAGAAGAAGAUGGAGGCAAGAAUAGAAGGUUUAAAAUGCAUGAUUUAAUCCAUGAUCUUGCACAAUAUAUAUCAGAGACUGAUUGUACACUAGUUGAUUCCAAUGCAAAAAAUGUGAAAGAAAAAGGACACCAUCUAUCGUUUCCAUUUUACAAUGUUUCAUUCUUUGAGGAGAAUUUAAGCAAGUUGGUUAAAGUAAACAAGAUACGAACAUUUAUAUUGGCAUAUAACAAGUGGAAAUAUGAUCAAGGAACAAUUAAAGAAUCAACUCUCAAAAAACUUAUUUCUACUUUUAGAUACUUGCGUGCAUUAGACCUACAUGGUUUAAAUAUGAAGAUGUUGCCAAAUACCAUAGAUACUUUGAUGCAUCUAAAGUACCUUGACCUUUCCUCUAAUGAUAUCGAGGUUCUCCCUAGUUCUAUUACAAAAUUGGUGAAUUUGCAAACAUUAAAGCUCUGUGAGUGUGAAAAGCUUAGGGAGUUACCGGUAGAUAUUCAAAAAAUGGUCAGCCUCAAGCACCUUGACGUUUCCUCUAAUGAUAUUGAGGUUCUCCCUAAUUCUAUUACAAAAUUGGCGAAUUUGCAAACAUUAAAACUCUGUAAGUGUAAAAAGCUUAGGAAGUUACCGGUAGAUAUUCAAAAAUUGGUCAGCCUCAAGCAUCUUGACUUAGAAGAAUGUGAGAAUUUGACUCAUAUACCGCAUGGAUUAGGGCAAUUGACUUCUCUUCAAACAUUAAACUUAUUUGUUUUGAGUGAGGGUCCUGUAGGUUCUUCCAACCAUUGUGGUGGGCUAGCGGAAUUAAGCAAGCUAAAUGACUUGAGAGGAAAAUUAGUGAUUAAAAAUUUGGCACGAUUGAAAGAUGCCACCCCAGAAUUCAAGGCUGCAAAUUUGAAGGAGAAGCAACAUCUCAGUGAGUUGAAAUUAAGGUGGAAUCCAGAGGGUGAUGAUGGUGUAGAUGCCAGUGAUGAUGAAAAUUCCAUGGAUAGCCUCCAACCACACGAAAGUUUAAAAUCUUUGAGAGUGAACGGGUACAUGGGGGUGAGGUUUUCUAGUUGGCUUUCAUUCUUAACAAAUCUCGUUGAAUUAAGAAUAGAGAAUUGUAAGAAGUGUCAAUAUUUGCCACCGUUGUAUCAACUCUCAUCUCUACGAGUUCUACGUAUUUGGGAUAUGGAUGGUCUGGAGUACAUGACAGAGGGGGAUAUGAAUGAUGAGAUAUCUGCUUCACUGGCAUCACCAUCAACAUUUUUCCCAUCCCUUGAGGAUCUCUAUAUCUAUAAGUGUCGAAAUCUAAAGGGAUGGUGGAGGAGUGUGGAUAAGGGGAAUGAGGCAACAACGACAUCAACAAUAUCAUCAUCAUCAACUAAUCACUAUCACCAACACAUGCCGUACUUUCCGCGUCUUUCUUCCUUUUGUUUCAGGCAUUGCCCUAAGAUGACUUGCAUGCCGCUAUUUCCAAAUCUUGAAAAAGAGCUUCUUUUGAAUAAUAGCAGUUUGAAGCCGUUGGAAGAGACAAUAGAGAUGAAUAAUAGGGGAGGAAGGGCUUCUUCAUUUCCGUCCUCUUCCUCUUCCUCUUCCUCUUCCUCCUCCUUCUCCCCUCCUCUCUCCAAAUUAAAGAAAUUGAAUUUGUCCCAGAUACAGGAGUUGGAGUCUCUGCCAGAGGAGUGGUUUAAAAACCUAACUUCUCUUGAGGCAUUACAGAUUGAGUGGUGUCCCAAUCUGACGUCACUUCCCGAAGGGAUGAGUCACCUCACCUCUUUACAGAUCCUAUAUAUCAGGGGUUGUUCCCUACAAUUAGAGCAAAGAUGCGAGAAGGAAAAUGGAGAGGAUUGGGAUAAGAUUUCUCACAUCCCAAAUCUUUACAUAUAAUUGAACUACUGCAUACGCUUCCCUGAAAGAACAAGAGGAUUUCAAAUGGGAAGAUAGGAAAGAAGAAGAAAGCUUUUUCUUGACGUUUCAGAAGUUAGUACACAAGAUUCUUCUAGACAAAAAAAUGGCUGAUUCAAACAUGGAUGA